AUGCAAUGUAGCGAGGUUUCGCAUACCGCAUACCGGAGCUUCGGCUCUCCCACAAUCGCCUAUUUUCCGGGUGACUGUGGUGCGGCGAACGGGCUGCUCAUAGGUGGCAGCUGUAGCGGCAACGACAGCAGGUGGAGCCGUAGCGGUAGCGGUAAGGGGCAGUUGCAACGGCAAGGGGCGGCUGUAACGACAGUGACAGCUGUAGUGGCAGCGGCAGUGGCUUCAGCAGCAGCGGUGGCAGUUGCAGCAGUUGUAGAGGCUAUAGCGACUGUGGCGGCAGAGGCAGGAGCGGUGGCAGCUGCAACGACUAUAGCGGCAGCAGCAGGAGCGGCCACAACGGCUGUAGUGGCUGCGACAAGUGGUGUUGUAGCAGCUGCGGCGACUGCAGCUGCAGCGGCCUUAGCGGCUGUAGCGCCAGCGGCAGGAGCGGCCGCAACUGCUAUAGCGGCUGUAGCAGUAAUGGCAGGAGCGGCCGCAGCUGCUGUAGCGGCUGCGGUAGAUGCAACUGUAGCAGCUGCUGCAGGUGUUGCUGCAGCGGCAGCGAGGGCAGCUGCUGUAGCUGUAGUGGCGGUUGCUGUAGGGGCAGCAGCAGCGGCGGAAGGGGCUGGGGCGGCACGCAGGCAGCGGCAGCGGCGCACGCGGGGCAGCGCGAAGGGGCGGCGCUGGGCAGCGCGAAGGGCGGCGGCGGCGUAUGUGGAGCAACACGAAGGGGCGGUAACAACCACACGUGGGGCAGCGCGAAGGCAACGCGCGGGGCAGCGGCGCACGCGGGGCAGCACGAAGGCAGUGCGCGGGGCGGCAGCGCACACGGGCAGCACGAUGGGGCGGCGGCGCACUUAG